CGAAAGUCGCUUGGCGGGCAGGGCUUCCUCUUCGCCCUCGUCCUCCUCCUCCUCCGCCGGGGGUACGCCUGGGGCCGGGCCAGGCCGCGGCGCCGUUUGUCGGGGCAAGUGCGAGCCUUGGCCGGUGAGGGCUUGCGGAAGGGAAAUACGGGUGCUGACCCCGCUCGGUGUCGCUCUCUUCAGCGAUGGCAGCGUGGGAGGCCGCCGAAAUGUCCUUCUUCAGUCUGAGCGACGUGAGGGAGCGGAUGCGGGAGAAGAAAAAGGGUGCCUUGAGGACUGCGAAGUUGAAUGCCUCGCUCGCAUCGAAAAUCAAAACGAAGAUCAUCAACAACUCCUCCACUAUGAAAGUCUCCCUAAAGCAGAACAAUAAAGCAUUGGCUCUGGCCCUCAAUGCAGAGAAAGCCAAUGCACAGCGGCUCACCCAGGAGAAGACCAUCCUACAGAAGGAGGUGAAGCAGUGCCACUUCCAGAACGCUGUGCUGCGGCACAGGCUCUCCUUCCUGAAUAAUAUGUUGAAAAAAAUGGAGAAUCUUAUGGCUGCAGUUAAGAUGGCCGAGCUGUCUGAGUUCCAUAUAAAUUCUUCAUCCUUGUCCAGUGGCCAGAAGAGCAUCAUGACUGAAGAUAGCUGGGCUGAUGAUAUUGUAGAUGGUCAGCUUCUGAGGGUUACACAGAUACCCAUGAGAGUGCCCAUUUCCAAGCUGCAUGAUGCAGAGCAGCAAGCUGGCAGCUCCACAGCACUACAGACAUCCUCAGGAGAACUUCAGAGACCUGCUUCUAAUGCAGGAGAAUUUCAGAGACCUGCUUCUAGUGCAGGAGAACUUCAGAGAUCUGCUUCUAAUGAGGCCCUGAAAAUUGCGCCUGUUGCCUCCAAGGAUGCUUUGCCACCACAGCACGAUGAGAAGUCUCAGUUCUGCCAGGAAGAGAAUGGCAAAAAGGUGACUGAAGCAAUGGCAACAGAGGGGGCUUUUCAUGACUCUCACAUAUUUGGAGAGGUCUUGUGCAGCACUGAACAAAAUCCCAACAAUUUGCCAGCGCUUGCCCUGGAAAGUCAUACUCUUUCAUAUGAGGCUGAUGAGAUGGCAAAACAUUUUUUUGAUGGUCUCUCACAAGGGCACGUGACUCAGAGGAGAAAGCGUUCCACCCUGUUUGCUACAAGCACUCCAUCUUCUGCUCUGGAUAUCUUCCCACAUGUCAGUUCCACUCAGGCAGCUUGGGGUAGUACUGCACAGGACAAGAGCAGCUCCAGCAAGAACAACACACAGCAACAGCUGCGAUCUCCCAGCUCCCUGGCUUCACCUGCUCAAACUGCUGUGAUUUCUCAUAGAAACUCUGUGGGUAAAGAGACCUUUUGUGAGCAGCCACAGACAAAAGAAAUGGUGUGUGGUGUUGAAACGGACCCUAGCUAUAGCCAAGUCCCUGAGUUUGUUUCUGUAAAGGUUAAAAGCAAAGGUAAGUGUAAAACUGGAGAGAAAAAGACUGUUAAAAAAGUGAGAACAGGAAAAAAGAAAACAACUGCAAUUAAAAACAAUGCAGAAAGUAGUCCUGACAGAUCUCAAGGUGAAGAGCGUGCUCAAAAUGCAAAGCUUCUUCAGCCAAAAGUUGCAACACGUUCUAGUGAGACUGAAGUCUGUGAGAUGGGGCAGAAGGUGUGUGAGGGGGCUUUUGAUAGGAGGAACAGAGACUGUGGUGUGGAGCACCAUUCCCACUCUCCUGAUGGAGUCCAAGACUUUGGAAGUACAUAUGAGGUGAAUCCAGCACAGCUGCAGGGUCUUGAAAGUGUUGACUUAACGCAGCAGGUUAAGAAGGGACCUAUCUUUGAGAUGCAAAGUAUGGAGAGCUUGCUAAAACCCCCAGUUCAUACCUUCUCAAGUCAUGAAGUUCCCUCAGGUGAUUCCAGUCUACAGAAUUCUACAAAAUUCUCCAGUGUGAGCAGAAAGAGCAUCAGACAGAAAGCCAACAGAAAAACUAGAGUAAUUGGGCAAAGACAUGAUUCUGAUGAGGAAUAUCUACCAAACAUUGUGAUAAUACCAGAGUCCAAAGCUGAAGAACGGCCUAAAAGAAGCACAACAAGCAGGAAGAGUACUGCCAGGAAUAGCAAUUGUGAUCAGAGAAAGGAAGUUAAUGUAUUUAGGCCCUGCAUAGAUGUUCAAGGAGUAGCUAAUGAGAACACAAAGGAUUUGCCAGGUAAUCUAAAACAGCGCAGGGAAACAUAUAUUGUCCAUCCUUUGAAUCUUGCAGGAAACUUGGGUUGUUUCCAGACAGGAUCUAAAGGGAGUGAAAAUCUACCUCCCAGGUCUGUUCCUGGGAGCAAAGUGAGCAAAAUCCCCAGAGCUGUUAAGAGCAAUCAAAAGAGCAAUAAAAAACAGACAGGGGGCCAUCAAGAAAGUGGGCAAGGGGAAGUUGACCACAACAUGAAUGGUUUGACAAAAGAAGCCUCUUGCAAACCCAGGCCUCAGCAGAAGAGGAGCAAUCCUCAACCUCCAGAGACUGAUUCCCUGGCCAGAAAAAGUGAUGGUGCCAAGGUUCUCAUUGGAAGUUCCACAGAACUUGCAUCCAAGCAGACAAUCCUGAUGGAGAAGUUUUCCUGCAUUAGCCAUCUGCUGUCUGAGCCAGGUGAUGUCCUGGAGGAGCAGCUACCUGAGAUAUCACUUGCAGAUAGUCUUACAGACCUUUCACACAGUCUUGAAUCCUCCCAUGUGAGCAGUUCUGCCGUUUUGUCUGUCAGCUCCAGACUUACAGAAGUACCAGUUUCCAAGAGCUUAAGUACUGAGGGUAACAGAAUGCCAGCAAAAUCUCCUGUUCAGUUGAAAAACUCCCUGAUAUUUAAAGAAAACCCUGCAGAAGAAAUACCUGGGGAAAGGAACCAAGUCCAGUCAUGUUCUUGGAGCUCACCUUCACAGGAACCUGAUAUCAGGCCACUACAGGACUUGAACAAUGCCAGGGUUCUGUCUCUCUCCAGCUCAGAGGAAGCAUCAGGGCGCUCAUCUAGGCGGAAACGGAAGCCAACCUGCUACAAAGAGCCAUCAAUCAAUAGGAAACUGAGGCAGGGUGACCCAUUUACAGACACUGAGUUCCUCCACUCUUCUCUCAACAAAAGAAAAAUACCUGUCAAAGCCAAGGGAACGACCAAGAAGAUGAAAGAGAACAAAGAAUGGCUUCCUGAAGAAUGUCUCAGUCCCAAGGCAGGCAAGUUGGUAACAACAGAAAGGAUUAGCACAGAGGUUAAAAGCAGCCCCCAGGCUCCUAGAAGCUCACGCAUUUAGCCACAAGGCUACAGCUUCAAACGCAGAGGCCUGAGCAAAGAUGGAGAUGGCUGCCAAGGCAGCUGAACUAUUCCAUCUAAGGCAACCCAAGGACCAAUUUGACAAAUUGAGCUCUGUGCCAUGAAUUUCUUCUGUUUUCAAAUCUUUAGGAUUUAUGGGUGGGGAAAGUGGUUGACACAAAUUGAUGGAUGUCUGUUUUAAUGAUGGGCAUGGCCCUUAUGCGCUGUAUGAUUAGCUCCUAGCUAUCUUCUGCUUUCUUCAUGUUCUCUGCCACUGUCUGCCAUGUAAAGCUCCCUGCAGCAGAAGAUGAACUCUAUACCAACCAACAUUAAAGAGUAUUGGAAACACAGGGUGCUUAGGACCAGACCUAAACAUGUCUUGUCUUGAACAUUCUGAGUAUUGCUAGAAGAAGGGUUAUCAGAGGAGAGGGUCCUGGGGACAGAGCUGUUUAAAGACAUCUCCCCUUUUCCUGUCACUCCUUGCACUUGUUAAAAAGUACUUCCUUCAGCAUUCUUAUAGCCCCUUGAGGUACUGGAAGGUGUCAUAAGGUCUCCCUAGCACCUUCUGUUUUCCAGGCUGAACAACCUCAACUCUCAGUCUGUCUUCAUAGGGGAGGUAUUUCAACCUUCUGGUCAUCUUUGUGUUCCCCCUCUGGCUUUGCUCCAACAGGUCAAUAUCCCUCUUAAGCUGAGAAUCACAGAGCUGGAUAACAGUACUCCAGCUGGGGUCAGUUGUGUUUCAGGAAAUCCUUUACUCAUCCAUUGCAGUACCCACUGGCUUCAAGCACUUGUUUUUUUAGGGUCUGCUGGUAUAACUUUGAAGGUUAUUGAUUUUAAAUGUUUGAGAGUGGUGGGGAAAAGAAGGGAUCACACCAGUCAUAAAAGGGAAGGAAAUGUGCCUGUCUGGAAGGAGGAAAAGUGUUUCCUCUUUGUGGCAGAGCAGGGAGAGGGCUGCUCUUUUCUUCUGACCAUACUUACUCCUUCUCCUUAGCACCUCAGCAGCAUCUAUCAGUUCAUGAGGACAGGCUGGGUCUUGCUGUACUCUGUAUUCAGAGGACUCCAGAAGAUGGAAACUUCAUUAGUACAGGUAAAAUAGUGUCAUCACCAGUCAGUAAAUGCUACAACAUAGCUUACAUUUAAGCUGUACCCUUAAGUUAUUAAAACUAGGAAACAAAAAGCCUGAGAUUCAAAAAUGCCCUCUUAUUUAUUUGUUCAGUUUUCUGGAGGUUACCAAGCUUUCUCUGGUAUUCUGUAACUCUGGAAGCCAGGUAGGAGCUAGUAACACUUAUAACACUUGUUAUAAGUGCUGUUGUAUUAGUACCUGCCUGUAUUGACCCACUGAUGUCAGAAGCCAGGCCAGGAACGUAGAUCUCCAGGUGUUCCCAAUAAUUGUUUUCAUUGCCUCUAUGGGUCAGAAAUGGGACUUUUUCCAGCUGCACUCAUGUGCUUGUGCUAAUAACAGAAUAGUACAGAAUAGUAGAUUGUAUUCAUUGACAUUGAGGUACAGAGACAGCUGCGAGCAAACACAAGGUAAUAAUAGCUGUGCUUCAAACACAAGGUAAUAGUAGCUCCUUUAGUCUAACAUCCUAAUCACCACCUCUAGCAGUCAGCUGGAGGGGGAGUUUGUUCAUGUGUAACCAGUUUCUGUUGUGCUGAGCAAUGAUGUAUCAGUUUCUGUUACUCUCCAAAUAAAAUUUCAAUGCAAGUGGUAUUUUCAAA